AUGGCAGACUUGGCGCUCUCUGGCUUAAGGUGGGCAGCAUCGCCAAUCAUCAACAAGCUCCUAGCUGAUGCUACAGAUUACCUCAGCGUGGACUUGUUUGACCUGGUGAUUCGAGCGGCAGAGAAGAGCUCCCACAGGGGCAAGCUGGAGGCAUGGAUCCGGAGGCUCAAAGAAGCCUUCUAUGAUGCUGAGGACCUGCUGGAUGAGCAUGAGUACAACCUCCUCAAGCGCAAGGCAAGGAGUGGGAAGGAUCCCAUGCCACUUCGUGCUGCUAAGAGUAGGGCACGCAACUUGUUGCUAGAGAACAGAAAGCUAAUUAACAAGAUGAAAGAACUCAAGGAUAUCCUGCUUGAAGCCAAGGAGCUUCGCGAUCUUCUUGGCUUACCACAUGGCAAUACCGUCGACUGGACACCAGCUGUACCUGGAACCGUUGUUCCUACAACAACAUCACUUCCCACUUCAAAGGUUUUCGGUCGCGACAGAGAUCGUGAUCGUAUAGUUGAUUUUCUUCUCGGCAAGUCGACAACUGAAGAGGCAAGUUCAUCGAGGUACUCAAGUUUGGCCAUUGUUGGAACGGGAGGAAUGGGGAAGUCCACCUUAGCACAGUAUGUCUAUAAUGACAGGAGGAUUGAAGAAUGCUUUGACGUCAGGAUGUGGAUCUGCAUCUCACGCAAACUUGAUGUGCGACGUCACACACAGGAGAUCAUCGAGUCUGCGAAAAAGGGGGAGUGCCCAUGUGUUGAUAAUCUUGAUACUCUCCAGUGCAAACUACGAGACAUACUGCAACAGUCACAGAAAUUCCUACUUGUCUUGGAUGAUGUUUGGUUUGAAAAAUCUCAUAAUGAGACAGAGUGGGAGCAACUCCUGGCUCCAUUAGUCUCUAAACAGUCGGGAAGCAGAGUUUUGGUGACUUCUCGAGGUGAAAUGCUCCCGGCCGCUGUAUGCUGUGAACAAGUUGUUCGUUUGGAAAACAUGGAUGAUGCUGAGUUCUUGGGUCUCUUUAAACACCAUGCUUUCUCUGGAGUAGAAAUUCAAGACCAGCUGUUGCGCACAAAGCUAGAACAUAUUGCUGAGGAGAUUGCUAAAAGGCUUGGAAAAUGUCCUUUGGCAGCAAAAGUUCUGGGUUCCAGAUUGAGCAGAAAAAAAGAUAUCACUGAAUGGAAAGCUGCACUAAAGCUCAACGAUUUAAGUGAGCCCUUCACAUCUCUGUUGUGGAGUUAUGAGAAGUUAGACCCACGUCUACAGAGGUGCUUCUUGUAUUGCAGCUUAUUUCCAAAAGGUCAUAGAUAUAGACCUGAUGAGUUGGUUCACCUUUGGGUGGCAGAAGGCUUUGUUGAUUCGUGCAAUAUGAGUAGGAGGACAAUGGAAGAUGUUGGGAGGGAUUACUUGAAUGAGAUGGUCUCUGGAUCUUUCUUCCAAUCGGUUUUUGAAGGGUAUUACUAUGUCAUGCAUGACAUCCUUCAUGAUUUGGCAGAGUCACUCUCUAGAGAAGACUGCUUCAGAUUAGAAGAUGAUAAUAUGACAGAAAUAUCAUGCACUAUUCGACAUUUAUCUGUUUCUGUUGAGAGUAUGCAAAGGCAUGAGCAAAUUAUCUACAAGCUACAGCAUUUACACACUGUUAUCUGCAUCGAUCCACUAUUGGAUAAUGCAACUGUUAUUUUUGAUCAGAUACUGCAGAACCUGAAGAAGGUGCGUGUAUUGCAUUUGUCAUUUUACAACAGCAGCAUGUUACCUGAAUCUGUUGGUGAGCUGAAGCACCUUCGGUAUUUGGACCUCACCAGAACGUCAGUUUCUGAAUUGCCUAGAUCAUUAUGUGCUCUUUACCACUUACAGUUACUUCAGCUAAACUGCAAUGUGGAGAGGUUGCCUGACAAAGUUUGCAAUUUAAGUAAGCUACGACAUCUGAGUGGGUACAAGGAUCAAAUUCCCAACAUUGGCAAGCUUACUUCAUUACAACACAUAUCUAACUUUUCUGUGCAAAAGAAGCAAGGAUAUGAGUUGCGACAACUGAAGGACUUGAAUGAGCUUGGUGGCAGUUUAAGAGUAAAAAAUCUUGAGAAUAUCAUUGGAAAGGAUGAAGCCUUAGAGUCGAAGCUAUAUCAGAAAUAUUGCCUUAAAGAGUUGACGCUUGAGUGGAGUUCCGAGGAUGGCAUGGAUGCAAUGGAUAUUCUGCAUUUGGAUAUUCUAGAAGGUCUGAGACCGCCACCCCAACUGAGUAAGCUCACAAUCAACGGUUACAAAUCUGGCACAUAUCCUAGGUGGUUACUUGAGCGAUCCUAUUUUGAGAAUUUGGAAAGGUUUGAGCUUGAUAACUGCAGCUUGCUAGAAGGCCUACCACCAGAUACAGAGCUCCUUCAGCAUUGCUCUCGUCUGUAUCUACGGGACGUUCCAAAUUUGAAGUUAUCAUGUCUUCCAGCAAGCCUUACAAAGUUGUCAAUCCACGGCUGCCCACUGCUUACAUUUGUCACCAAAAAUCAGCUCGAGCAACAUGACUUGAGGGAAAAUAUAAUGAAGGCAGAUGACCUGGCGUCUAAACUUGCAUCAAUGUGGGAGGUCAAUUCGGGAUCAGAUAUUAGGAAGGUACUUUCAGAGGACUAUUCAUCCCUGAAGCAGUUGACAACGCAGAUGGGUGAUGAUAUAUCACAACAUCUUCAAAUUAUUGAAAGUGGCCUAGAGGAAGGAGAUAUAAUAUCGGUGAAAGAAAAUAUCAUCAAGGCAUGGCUUUUUUGCCAUGAGCAGAGGAUAAGAGGCAUUUAUGGAAGGACCACGGAGCUGCCGCUGGUUCUACCAUCUGGAAUUGGUAAACUUUGUCUUUCUUCAUGUAGUAUUACAGAUGAAGGUUUGGCUAUUUGCCUUGGUGGCCUCACUUCACUGAGAACCUUAGAAUUGGGUUAUAAUAUGGUCUUAACUGCACUUCCGUCACAGGAGGUGUAUGAGCAUUUGACAAAGCUUGAGAGGAUUGAAAUCACUGCUUGUUGGUGUCUCAGAUCACUGGGGGGCUUACAUGCUGCUCCAUCUCUUUCCAGUCUUAACUGUACGGAUUGCCCUUGUUUAGAGCUGGCACGUGGAGCAGAAUUUAUGUCGUUCAACCUUGCUAAGCACCUCAGCAUACGUGGCUGCAUACUUACAGCUGAUUCAUUCAUUAAUGGCUUCCCACACCUGAAAUAUCUUUCCAUUUAUAGCUGCAGAAGCUCCCCAUCCUUAUCGAUUGGCCACCUGACCUCCCUUGGAUCAUUAUAUCUACGGUAUCUCCCUGAUCUGUGCUCUCUUGAAGGCUUGUCUUCCCUGCAACUUAAGCACCUAAGUUUGAUAGAUGUUCCAAACCUCACUGCCAAGCACAUCUCACAGUUCCGUGUCCAGGAAGAGCUCACUGUUAGUAGCUCCAUAUUGCUCAACCACAUGCUCAUGGCUGAAGGGUUUAGAGUCCCGUCGUAUCUUUCUCUUCAUGAUUGCAAGGAGCCGUCAGUUUCAUUUGAAGAACCUGCCAAUCUCUCAUAUGUCAAGCACCUGCAAUUUUGGCGUUGCAAAAUGGAGUCCCUGCCAACAAAUCUGAAAUUUGUCUCCAGUCUGCAGAGUCUUGGUAUCUCUGAUUGCCCCAACAUAACAUCUUUACCAGAUCUGCCGUCCUCCCUCCAGCGCAUAAGUAUAUGGGGUUGCCCCGUCUUGAAGAAGAACUGCCGAGAACCUGAUGGAGAAAGCUGGCCAAAGAUUUCGCACAUCCGCUGGAAGACCUUCUACUAG